AUGACUCGGAAUGGAUCUCCGCGUCAUGACGUCUUCGUCGGCGCCCAAGAAUCCUCUCCUCUUGUCCACCAAGCUGCCACCAUGAUAGUCGACCAGUCGGGUGAAGUCCUUGGGACAGGACUCGAACCUCUUUGGGCCGCGGAGCUCGAGCCUGGGCAGAUCAAGGGGAAGCUUGACCUUGACCCUGAAGCGGGCCACAGAAAUGGAAUGCAUCUCAGACCUAUCGGAGUGUCGCCCCUCACUUUCUCCAUUGGUAACUACAAAUUUCAUAAAUAUUCACAAAGAGUGGGCGCUUGCCCGGGGCCUGGACGGGUUUCCAGAUAUGCAACAAAAGAAGGAGCGAGCGUUUCUUACACAUGGAUCCAGGACAUGCUUUCCAAGUGUCUUAAAGCAAAAUCAAAAGCAACUAGCCUCCAGCCGGUCCUUCAAGAGGGCAACAAAGGCCUCCGGGUCCCACAUAACCCAUUGGGCUACCGUGACCCCCCUCCAAGCGACCGACUUCUCACCGCGACCGCUAUAUGGACCGUGAGCUUCCCCGAGGGCAAUGAUGGCGGCGAUCUCAGGAACUACUUGGUAGUCGCCACCGACCAGGGAAACAUGGGGAUUGUCCAUCGUGAUCGCAAACAGCAGGGCAAAGAAAAGACAAAUGUCUAUGGUCUCUCCGUUGAAUGUCGCACGUUUAACUUCUUUGAUAUCGACUCCAGGUCCCGGGUGCAUUCAAGCCCUUCAUGUCAGUUUGACGUCCACUACAAACCUGGCGAGGGAUUCCACCGGUCCGUAGUGGAGCGAGUAUACCCUCCAGAGUACUGGGAUAGAAUCUAUGCGCAGUACUGGGAUUACGAGAAAGGCAGGAUGAGAAGUAAAGUGACUCAUGUGGAGGACACGAUUGCCCUGAUUCUUGAGAUUCUUAACAGAGCGGAAAAAGACUGCGCUUUAACUGUUCCUAUGGAGCAAAGCUGA